AGAUAUCCAUGAUCAACAUGGAGUUUUGACCAACCAACAAAGUAACUCACCGUUUCAACGUGGUUUCCAGGAAGUGAGAAUAACCGAAAUCACAUCAUCUCACCACGCGAAGCUUGUGGAGAGGAGCCGUCAUUUCACUGACGACCGAUUCAGCUAGCGUGGUAGCCGUAGCGUAGAGACCGGAGCGGCGUUGCCCGAGGCAGGUGCUGACGCGAUUACAGCAGGAAAGAUGGCGGAUGACCCUAACGCGGCAGACAGGAACGUGGAGAUAUGGAAAAUCAAGAAACUGAUUAAAAGUUUGGAAGCUGCCCGUGGUAAUGGAACCAGUAUGAUCUCGCUGAUCAUCCCCCCUAAGGACCAGAUCUCCAGAGUGGCCAAGAUGUUGGCAGAUGAGUUUGGCACGGCCUCCAACAUCAAGAGCAGAGUCAACAGGCUCUCUGUGCUCGGGGCCAUCACCUCUGUACAGCAGAGACUAAAGCUAUACAACAAGGUGCCGCCUAAUGGCCUGGUGGUGUACUGUGGAACCAUCGUGACAGACGAGGGCAAAGAGAAGAAGGUCAACAUUGACUUUGAGCCUUUUAAACCCAUCAACACCUCCCUGUACCUCUGUGACAACAAGUUCCACACUGAGGCGUUGACAGCCCUGCUGUCUGAUGACAGUAAGUUUGGCUUCAUAGUGAUAGAUGGAAGUGGGGCUCUAUUCGGGACGCUCCAGGGGAACACUAGAGAGGUCCUGCACAAGUUCACCGUGGACUUGCCCAAGAAACAUGGCAGAGGAGGUCAGUCUGCUUUGCGCUUUGCCCGUCUGAGGAUGGAGAAGAGACACAACUAUGUGAGGAAGGUGGCUGAGACAGCUGUCCAGCUCUAUGUGGCCAACGACAAGGUCAACGUGGCCGGAAUGGUCCUAGCAGGGUCUGCCGACUUCAAGACUGAGCUCAGCCAGUCCGACAUGUUCGACCCUAGGUUACAGGCGAAGAUUCUGAAGCUGGUGGACAUCUCGUACGGAGGGGAGAACGGUUUCAACCAGGCCAUCGAGCUGUCGGCAGAGGUCCUCUCUAACGUCAAGUUCAUCCAGGAAAAGAAGCUCAUAGGCCGGUACUUUGAUGAGAUCAGUCAGGACACGGGGAAGUACUGUUUUGGGGUGGAGGACACACUCAAAGCCCUGGAGAUGGGGGCUGUGGAGAUCCUCAUCGUUUAUGAGAACCUAGACACCAUGCGCUAUAUUCUUCGCCUGCACGGGGCCGAGAGCGUCGGAACAGAAAACGAUGAGAAGACUCUUUAUUUAACACCAGAGCAGGAGAAAGACAAGUCACACUUCACAGACAAGGAGACUGGGCAGGACCACGAGCUGAUUGAGAGCAUGCCUCUGCUGGAGUGGUUCGCCAACAACUACAAGAAGUUUGGAGCCACGCUGGAGAUCGUCACAGACAAGAGUCAGGAAGGGUCUCAGUUUGUCAAGGGCUUCGGCGGCAUCGGGGGAUGCUUGCGGUACAGGGUGGAUUUCCAGGCCAUAGAUUACCAGGCGGAGGACGAUGAGUUUUUCGAUUUAGAUGACUACUAGGUAGUCGGACUGAAUAGGGGAGAAAGAAAGAUAAAAGGUGAAGAAUGACGAAAUAAGGAUAGAAAUAUGCCACCUUCUUCUUUUUGUCAGCAAGUGAAAAGAGCCGUACUGACCAUGUAGACAGACAUGCAUUCAAUUUCAAACACGCACACAUGUACCCAUACAUAUACACUUCUAAUAACGCUCACACACGCUGAAGAGGAGUGAGAUUUUCUUUCAAUCCAGAGUGGGACAAAACCCUUCCUGAGUGAAUCCCUGCCUUAGAGUGCUGGUUCCUUCCCCUGGUUGGAUUGGACUUGACUCAAAUCGUUUUAGUUUGUUUAUUUUUCUCCCCUCCAUUUUGAAUGGACACAACAGCAAGUUCCCAGCAAUCCUCGCUCGCAGCAUCCCCCCCCCGGUCCGAUGAAGACUUUGGACUCCAUCCUCGAGUAUAGAACAUCUAUUUUCCUUUCUUUCCCUCAUCGUGUCCUUGCCCUUCCUCCUCCUAUCCCCCCCUUAAUGCUUUUUAUAUAUAUAUAUUUAGGCUUUUUAUUUUUUACUGGUAAUUGCUGCUGUUGUAUUUUAUUUUUUACCUGGGUUUCUGUAGAGAAAGGGGGAGUAUUAAAUUUGAACUGCUGAAAACCA